AUGCCUAGGAACCGUAUCCAAGAGAAAAAGAAAGAGAUUCGUAAAAAAUUGGAAGAUCUUGUUCCCCGCAAUUCCCGGGAAGGAGAAGAGUUGGCUAGGCGGUACAGGGAGCUGGCUGCCAAUAUUGCUAAACAGAAAAAGCUUUCUAACAUAUAUUCUUCCCUUAAUCAUCGUAAGAAGGAUAUAGCUAAACAAGAAGCCGACGUCCUUCGCAAACUUGCUGAACUCGAAGAUCCCUUUGCCGAUAAUAGCUCUGCGGUCGCUAUUAGUCCGUCCUUGAGUAGUAUAUCGAUGUUGUCUUCUGAGGAGAUCGAUCGAACCUUCGCCGAUUUCGAUUUCAACGAUCCUUUCCUCCUGUCUAAGGCCGCUUGA